CCACUGACGUCCAAAGUUGGCCUCUGCUCCGACGUCGACUCGACCUGCAGUUGCGGUGGGCUCACCAAGUACAUCCAGGAAGCUACUCAUGCUUCAUGUUCCGGAUCCGAAUGGCACAUCGCACGACGUCCCUGGACCCUCACGUUAAUGGCGGCCUCUCGCUACUUCCUCAAGAAGUGUGGGACCACAUCAUCGAUGACCUUCAUAACGACCGCGGCACUAUUGCUGUAAAGGCCUGUGCUCUGGCAUGUCGGGCAUGGCUGCGGACCGCUCGCAAGCUUCUGUGGUGCCAGCUGAGCCUUAUUAGUGCUUCUCACGUGCGACUUCUCCUCCACAGGCACCCGAAUGUUGCUGGAAUGGUCCGCGAAUUAUCCGUCUUUGUCGAGAUCAGAGAGGUUUCUUCUCUGUCGGCCUUCGCAAACUUGCGAAAGCUAGACUUGUAUUUCUCGGAGCACGAGGAACAGGAUCCUGUCCAGUCUAUCUCUCAAGAGCUGCGGUUUCCGAGCAUCACGAAUCUUGACGUGCACACUCUCUAUCACUUCAUGUCGGCGACAGCGCUUGAACGACUCUUGAUUCUAUCUGUAGGUGAUGGCCCCGAUCUCUGGGGUCUCAGAGUCUUUCAGGCAGAAUCGCUACCACAGACGUCGCCCAUUUCACUGCCCCAUCUACGAAAACUCACCGUCAAAGCCGACCACCUCGUAAUGUCCCUUCCGGCCAUUCUGCGCUCGGCAGGCGCCUCUCUGGAGCUUGUUGAAUUGCGUAUACCACCGGCUGUUCUUUCGAACAUCCUGCCAGACAUGCUCGACUUCUCCCAGAACCAAAACUUAAAGAGGCUGGAGAUCACUGGAUGCUUGGACCCUUACUGCAGCGGAUGGGGUGACUGUCUGGCCCCCACUAUCUCGCAGCUCAACGCUCGGCAUGACUCUCUGAUCGACCUGCAUCUCUACAUUACCAGCACUCCCGCCUCCUUCAAUAUUUUGGCAAACUUGCCCCCGAUCCGAGUAGGCCAUGUAAAGAACCCGGGGAGCUUCUCGGCCGGGAGCGAACACUACUCCUCGGAUGCGGCGCAUCAAGCACGGCGAUAUGUGGCGGGCCAUCUUCUGCGACGCUUCCCUGACCUUCGCACAUAUCCGACCCGUGUGCGUUUUGCGUCACAUCUCGACCUCUGCGGUGGGGCAUUGCUGAAUGAGGGGCUUGAACAACGAAGGAUCAUCAAAGGCCUGUGGAGCGUCCCUAUGUUCGAUGUUUGACCCACGGAGGACAGUAGAAUAACACUGGUGCUCUGAAUCACUUUAUGUUACUUGUCGUUUUCGAGUAGACUCCAUGAAGCGUUGUCUAUGUCACGCAUAUAGUCAGCUUGUCGACUCUCGACGCCAUGAUGUGUUGCAUCGAUUGCGAAUGCCACUCAUGCCAAAC